AUGCUUACACUGUUACUUCCUGUUCACCCUACGCUAAUCAUACCCUUAUUUCUUUUAGCCAUGGAGCUUUUCAUCUCACCAGGCUGCGACGGAAUUGUAUCAUUCGACCCGGAUUCUAUUUUGGUGCUUACAUACGUGCGUCUAGGAGAAUGCCCCAUGCCUACGAAUGACACGCUGACUCAAGAUGCAUGUUUUGAGAGGCUUCCCAUGCUUAGGCAUGCUAACAUUGAGAAACACGGUGCGAAAGACAUCGUAACCUAUUUGCGAAGUGAGAACUACGGGUUGGAGUACGGUCUAGCUGACAUCGAGAACGUGGAGUUAGCCUCUUUAGUUGGCUUGCUUGAACGUCAACUAUUUCCCGCGGUUGACUGGUUUCUGUGGUGCGACGACACUGUGUUUGCCAAAUUUACACGCAAAUGCUACACAACCGCUUUAUCGCAACUGUCUGCUGUUUUCAUGCCUUUUCGAUGGCGGAAAUGGCAGAUGCAUCGUACGAGGCACUCACAGUUGACACAUUGCCUUCGUCGAAAGUCUGAUACAGAGAUUGAGAACGAGCUCUAUGCCGCAGCCAAACGUUGUCUCACCGCAAUGUCCUACAUUCUUGGGGAUAAGAAAUACUUUGUCGGAGAAAGACCGACGGCUGCGGACGCUUAUCUAUUCUCUCGACUGUGGCCACUACUCCUGUACGAAUCGAAGCACGGCACAGCGAACUGGACUUGUCCUUGUGAAGCACCCGCUUAUCGAGGGCACUCGUCCACACAUCCACUUAUCUCACACGUGUUACAAUGUUCCAAUUUGGUGGCCCAUUUUACUCGCAUCCAAGGCACAUAUUUUCAGCAGGCGGCUGCCACUUUUCGCAAAGAAAUAGCUCUGUCCGCAUCGAAGCGCCAAACCGCCGACAGUGGAUUGUUAACGAUCCAUCCAUUGAGGGAUUGCCUACUGGUUGGGAUUGGUCUGUUGGCUGCUUUUCUGCUGUACGCCCGCAAUCACGGGAUGAUCCGGAUAGCAGCAUCUUAGCCACACCUUCCACUUUGUUUGUCUGCGUGUCGAUUCCUAUCACUGUCAUUCAGAAGAACGUAUUUACAUCUGCAUUUGCUGUCCGUUCGCGCCAAAUGACUAUUCUGUUCCAAUUCCUGAAACCCGGUGCCAAAACGUGAAUCUGUUUAUCCCCCCCCUUUGUUAUCGCAUGCUCUAUGUUACCUGUUUAGCGGGUGCCCACGACUUAACGGAAGCAUUUGUCAACCUU